GCCCACGCCGCCCGUGCCGGCGCUCGGCCGAGGAUGCUCCCGGCCCUUUGUCCCCCCGCGGCAGCCUUCGGGAGCACUCUCGUCCUGGGUCGGUGAAGGUUCUUUCUCCCUCUUUCCCCCAACCCUUCAUCUCUUCCCGGCGAGGCAGCCCGCCCAGGAGGGCUUUAACAUCAGUCCUCUCCGUGUGGUGGGUGAAGUUGCUGCCAUGCCCGCUGCUGGGUCCCGGCGCACCGGGAGCGGCGGGGAGCAGGAUUUACCGGGGAGUUGUGCUGCAGACAAUGCACAGCAGCAGCAUCUGGAGCAGCCCUGGGGACUGGAGCUCCGGUUUUGACAUUGCUACACACACAGAGCACCAGCCGCAAUGACAGCAGCUGCCUGGAGUGGCUGCAGGCAGCAGGCAGGAGCAUGAAGUGAAGAGAUCACUGCAGUGCUCAAGAUGAACUCCUCCUUGGUUGGCAACCAGAGUGGCCGGCCGUUCUGUCUCCUGGCCAUUAGCUAUUUGGAGACCAUCAAUUUUUGCCUCCUGGAAGUGGUUAUUAUUGUGUUCCUCAUGGUGCUGAUUAUUUCGGGCAACAUCAUUGUGAUAUUUGUCUUUCACUGUGCACCUCUGCUGAACCACCACACCACCAGCUACUUCAUCCAGACUAUGGCGUAUGCUGACCUCCUGGUGGGCGUGAGCUGUCUGGUGCCUUCUUUGUCUUUGCUGCACUAUCCUGUUGUUUUAAGUGAGUCCUUGGUUUGCCAAAUCUUUGGUUAUGUGGUAUCAGUGCUGAAGAGCGUCUCCAUGGCCUCUUUGGCGUGCAUUAGUAUUGACAGAUACAUCGCCAUCACGAAGCCGCUGACCUACAACACGCUGGUGACCCCAUGGAGACUUCGAAUCUGCAUACUGAUCAUUUGGCUCUACUCCUGCCUGGUCUUCUUACCCUCCUUUCACUGGGGAAAGCCUGGAUAUCACGGGGAUGUGUUCCAGUGGUGUGCCAAUUCCUGGAACACCGAUCCCUAUUUUACCCUCUUCAUUGUGGUGAUGCUCUACGCCCCGGCUGCUUUCAUCGUCUGCUUCACUUACUUCAACAUCUUCCGCAUCUGCCAACAGCACACCAAGGAGAUCAACGAGAGGCGAGUGCGCUUCAGCUCUCAGGAUGGGGAGGCUGGGGAGGCGCAGCCCUGCCCGGACAAGCGCUAUGCCAUGGUUCUUUUCCGCAUCACCAGUGUCUUCUACAUCCUCUGGUUGCCCUACAUCAUCUAUUUUCUGCUGGAGAGCUCCAAUGUCUAUAGUAACCGCGUUGCGUCCUUCUUGACCACUUGGCUUGCCAUUAGCAACAGCUUCUGCAACUGUGUUAUUUACAGUCUCUCCAACAGUGUCUUUCAGAAGGGGCUUAAGCGGCUUUCGGGGGCUAUUUGUGCCUCUUGUGCUAGACAGAGGGUAGCUAAGGACUCCUCUACCUCUAGGAGCAAAAGAUCUUCCAAUGGAUGUCAUGUCUAAGACUCCUAUCAGCUGAACUGGGAAGUGCAGGGACAAUUCCAUAAAUAGCAAAAAUAAGUUAAAUAUGAUUUUAAGAUGUCCAGAUUUGCAAAAAGGUCUCUGAGAAAUGCUGCUGACAUAGAAGAAUCAGGAGCACAUAUCAGUGUGGCUAAAAAAUAUUGCUGUGGAGGAGGCUGUGGAGUUUCACCUCCAUAUUCAUUUUUAAGAAUAAAGCUGUAUCUUGACACUUACCUCUCCAGCUGGUG